CCGAAUGGCGCUAUCGCUGCUAUCGCAACAUCAACAGCAGCCAAAUUAUUUCGAUUUGCAAACACUAUUUGACCCAUAUCCAUUACAACAACAACACCCACAAUACGCACAUAGCUAUCAGCAACCCCAACAAUUGCAACUGCAUCAAGAAUCACAGGAGCAUCAACAACAGCACAUCCAUCAUCAACAGCAGCAGCAACAGCAGCAGCAGCAGCAACAAGAACAACAACAACAUUUAACGGCGCUCAAAAACAUCAGUAUCAACGCCUCAACGUCGAAAAUCAAUCCGACAUCGGGAACAAUUAAUUUUUGUCCGGAUCAAAUGGAAUACACCGCCAGCAAUCUUCAUCAGAAUCAUAAUCAUUAUCAGCAACAGCAAAAUAACAAUAGUAACGACAACAAUAACAACAGCAGUACUAUUAGUAGCAAUAACAAGAAAAGUAGCAGCAUUCCGCAUAAUAAUAACAACAGUCAGAUAUUGAACAAAACAAAUCGUUAUUAUAUAAACGGCUAUUCACAUCACCAGAUAGCAUCGGAUUAUGUUAUCACUUUUGUAGACUCUCCACCGAAUUCUGAGGAAUCUUGGACAGACGAACACUCGAAGGAAUCGCCUGGACCACAAAUUAUCGACGUACAAACAAUUUAUUCAAAUAGUGGAUCGCGAAAGAGACGAAUGGAUUGGGACUCAUUGGAUAUCGGUCAAAGUGGAACCCCAACUACAGUACAGUCUGGAGAAUUAGCCAAUAAAAUUCCACAUCACGAAAAAGAAAAACAAAAAAAGGAAAAAACGGCGGGUCGUGGCAGUUGGACUGAAGAUAUAGGAUUCGAUUUGAAUACAGACUUUAAUAGCAAUUCUUAUCUGAGCAAUGAGUCCUUUUUGUCGUUCUCUCCGGCCCUGACGGUACUGAAACAGGAGCCACAAGGCGAACAGCUGAAGGCCAAUAAAAGUCCAUUAAAUACUCAUUCCGUCGUAGGCAGCAGUGGAGGAAGCGCACCAAAAGUAGAUAAGACACCGUCGCACGUAGAUGCAACGCCAAACACAGAGGAAACUCCCAAAAAUGCCUUGAACAAUUCACUCUGUGGAUGUGGUUCGCCGAAAACCGGCACACCACAAGAAAUUGAACAAAAUGGAAAUGGCAUCAAUAAGCCCAACAGCAGUGGAGCCUCUGGAUUUGGUAAUACUGGCAACACUUACGGUGGCGUGGAAAAGAGUCCUGCACAGGGAAAUCCAGCACCUCAACAAUUGACGGUAGUCGAUGGAAACAAAAUUGAAAACAAUACUGGAGGUGGUGCUGUUAAUGGCAAUAAUGCCAAUGCACAUUCUGAUGAUCACAAAUUCCAGUACAUUCUGGCAGCUGCCACCUCCAUAGCUACCAAAAAUAAUGAGGAAACGCUUACCUAUCUGAAUCAGGGACAAAGCUACGAAAUCAAGUUGAAGAAAAUCGGCGACUUAUCCUUCUAUCGCGAUAAGAUACUUAAGAGUGUCAUCAAAAUCUGUUUCCAUGAGCGCCGCCUACAGUUUAUGGAACGUGAACAAAUGCAGCAAUGGCAAGCUUCGCGUCCUGGCGAACGAAUUAUUGAAGUUGACGUUCCACUAUCGUACGGUUUAUGUCACGUGUCGCAACCACUAAAUCCAAACUUUUUGAAUACGGUCGAAAUCUUCUGGGACCCGCUCAAGGAAGUCGGUGUAUACAUCAAAGUAAAUUGCAUAUCAACUGAGUUCACGCCGAAAAAGCAUGGCGGUGAGAAAGGUGUGCCAUUUAGACUACAGAUUGAGACAUAUAUAGAAUCAACUAAUGCCACGGGAGCAACAGCUGCGGUAGGAGGUUCAGCAACUUCGUCAAUUCCAUCGGCUGCAGCAGCGGGCGUGGCAACGACUGCACCGUCGCAAAUUGGGCUUACAAUGGCAUCGGGCGUAACGGGCAAUCUAACGCCAAGCCACAGUGCGAACAACAACCACCCACUCAUUAGUGGCAAACAACCGGUGCACGCAGCGGCUUGUCAAAUCAAGGUUUUCAAAUUAAAAGGUGCUGAUCGUAAACAUAAGCAGGAUCGCGAGAAAAUACAAAGAAGACCUCAAGCAGAGCAAGAAAAGUUCCAGCCGAGUUACGAAUGCACCAUCAUGAACGACAUACCGUUAGAAUUAAUAACAUCAACGUCAUCUGGUUGCUUUAGCCCGGAAUACAUGAAGAUUUGGCCUAAUUCGCCAGUGCACAUUCCAAAGUACGAUGGCAUAUUGCCGUACACCGGUGGAUCACCUGUCACCAACUCCAGCCCCAUAGCAAUAAACAGUGUCACUUCAACAAAUUCACCAACGUUGAAACUAAUGGAUGCUAACAUGGUAUCUCCACAACAAUCCGCCACCCCGGACAUGGAUGAUUAUAUUAUCAACAUUUUGCCAGAGUCCACCCCGUCCCAAGUUGCGCAAUGGCUGAGCCAUCAUCGUUUGACCACGUAUCUGUCAACGUUUGCACACUUUUCUGGUUCGGAUAUAAUGAGGAUGUCAAAAGAGGAUUUAAUACAAAUAUGCGGUCUGGCCGAUGGAAUUCGUAUGUUCAAUAUAUUGCGCGCUAAAGCAAUUGCACCUCGUCUUACGCUUUACGUAAGUAUGGACGGCAGUAGCUAUAACGCCAUAUAUUUGAUUUCGAAUACGGCAAAAGAACUAAUGCAGAAGCUUUGCAAAAUGCCCGGGUUUUACGAGAUGAUUGCAAACAGCACAUCAAAUGGCGCAGUAGAAAACGGUGCAAUCUACAGCAGCUGGAGUAUGCAUUCGAAAUAUUCCGGAAGUGGUUCAAACAUAUUUAAUGAUAGCAGUAAAAACUUUAUUUUUUUCGCGGGCCCGUCGGGAGUGCAUGUAAAUGUUACUGACGAGGUAUUGAAUAACGAAAUUAAAGACGGAAGUCUUUAUGCUCUUGAAGUACAAAGUGGAAAAGUUGUCAUGAAACUGAUAAACAAAAAUGAUAAUUGAAGAACACACAUUCGUAUCAAUCGCAUUUUUAGUAGUAAACAAAAUAAUUUGAAUAUUCAUGCCCACAUACAGACGUGAACGUAUUUUGAUUUGAUUAGACUACCAUUGGAAAUUAGCAUUUUAUCGUAAUUAUUCAUUGAAAAAUAUUCAUAUGUGCAUACAUAUAUACUACGUAUGUAUGUGUAAAUUUAUAAAGCUUAUGCUUUUAAAUGUGUAUUUUCCGAAGUAUAAAGAAAAUUUAACGAAUUUCUAAAUUACUGCAUAACUAUCGAUUAUAAUUUAUACAUAAUAAUAUUGCUUUGUUUUGACGAAAUUCCUCCAUUUACACAUAUGAAAGUAGGCACAAGAAUUUAGUUAUACAAGUAAAAUUUAUAAAUGACGAUGUUGGCGUCAAGUUUCUAUAUUUGUUUCAAUAUGAAUGCUAUUUCUUUCCGAUGAGCAAAACACUUAUAAUACUAUCAAAAAUAUAUCUAUAGUAUAUAUUCAUUCACAUGUGCAUAUGUAUAUACACAAAUGUAUACAUAUGUACAUAUACACACAUAUAUAUUGUAUUUUAGUCUUAAUUUUUUUGCAUGUAAUACAUAUAAGUCAAAUUUAAAGUUGAAGCAAACAGACAGGCCACAGCACCAACAUCACUUUUAUUGAGAGACAAUUACUAACAACCAAAUAAAAUAGGCGAAUUUCACCGUUAAUAAUAUGCAUUUGUAAAUUUUAAAUUGAAAUUUGAAUCUGUUUCGUUCAAACUGUUAACUAUUUCUAAAGUACAUUUUUUCAGUAAAAACAUGUAUGUAACUACAUAAUGCAUAUAUAUAUAUAUAUACUUAUUUGUAUACCUAUUACAUUGUUCAAAUGGUAAAGAAGACAAUGCGGUGAAAAAAUAAAGUAAACGGUCUGCGAAUUCA